AUGAAGGCUUUAGUAUGUAUACUGCUGCUGUUGGAAACCUUUGUGUCUGUCGUCCAGCAGCAGGUAGAUGGAGGACUCAAUGAGAAUGAGAUCAGUCAACAGAUCAGCUCUGAGGACAGAAGACAGAAUCCACCUCAAACAGACACUUUGAGAGCUGAAGCUUCAACUGACAGCCAACAAUGCUGCAAUCUGGAAAUUUCAAAUCGUACUCAGAGUCAAGUGGAGGAGUUGAGAAAGGAAAAUAGAGACAGAGAAAUAGCUUUUUCAGCUUCACUGAUGGAAUCUGGCGAUGGAAAUUUUGGUCCUUUUACCACUGAAAUCACAAUAACCUACAAGAAAGUCUUCACAAACAUAGGGAACGCCUACAACCCAUUUACAGGUGUUUUCACAGCCCCACUGAAAGGAGCGUACAUGUUCAGAAUCUCUGUAUUUGGUCAUGGUGGAACUGGAUCAUCUGCCUCCAUUUUUAAGAAUGGACAGCGUGUGAUUUCAGCACAUGAUAUUCAGGCUCAUGAUCGGUUAAACUCCUCGAAUGGAGUUGUGUUGAUCCUGGAAGUUGGAGAUGUUGUUUAUGUGAGACUUUGGUCUGGCAUGAGGGUAUAUGAUAGUGAGAAUAACCACAGCACUUUCAGUGGUUUCCUACUGUUUCCCUUGAGAGAAGAUAAUCUUUGUAGAAUGUGAUUCCAAUAAUUUGGAAAAUUUAGCAUAUGAUUUAAGAUGAAAAUCUCAAAGAAUCAUUAACAUAUGAAUCUGUAUUAAUAAGGACUAACGUGCUUGAAAUUUGCAAUAGAUUACUGUAUAAAAAUCUGAGCUGUCUAUAGAUAUAACUUUGCAUAAAGAGUUUCAGCACUGAGACAUACAGAACCCAUGUCCUAAUAUCACGUGACUCAAAAGUGCUAAGUUAAUGUAGUAAAUCUAGAAUGUUAAAUAAUACCUUUUUAAGUGUAGCUUGUUACUGAUCCUUGAUCUGUACAUCUUCAUCAUACAUAGAUAAAUAAGAAAAUAAAGAUACAUUGUGGCAUUUUCCCCCUCAUUUUCAAGAAUAUUGCUUUGAAGCUCUCAUGAUAUAUAUAUAUAUAUAUAUAUAUAUAUAUUGUAGAAAAGAGAACAUGGCCCCUUUAAGUAUUUUAGUUAACCUUUCUGUGAUCUAGUCUCUUAUUGUUUGUUUAGUUACAUGCUCCUUGGUAUUGAGUGUAAAGUUAUGUUUUUCUUUAGUUCGUUUUCGCGGUCGCUCGCAUGCUCAUUGCACGCCUAUCAGCCACAUCAAUUUCAUCUAAACUGUGUUCUAUGGACGUCACAGAUCCGGGGAGCACAAAUACAGGGUUGACAAAGAGGGCUGCAUUUACCAAUGCAAGCAAUGUUGUGGAAUUAUUGGCACCGAUUCAUAGUGAUAUAUAUUUCAGGAGAAAUUAUUACUAAAUGGGCUUGAUCUAAAAAUUUGUAUGACCAGGGGAAAAGAUGAAUUUUGUCUGAUGACCGGUGAUGCAGUUGCUUAUAAACUCAAUAUUGUAUAUGCAUAAGCACUGUCUGGGGCAUGCACAAGCACUCCAAUCGACCGCUGGUAAAUACCCCAUAGAUAGGGUGUAAAAAAAUUUUAGUUCCCAGCAGGUGCACGUGUGUCAAGAAAACCUCUUUCUUGGAACAAUAUCAAAAUCUAUCAUCCUGGCCAUGAUGGACAACACUGCAUUUUCAGGUGCAUAUGACAGAAACCCCUUUGCUUUUAAAAACUUGAACCUAGAAUUCCUUGCGCUUUGUCAGGAUGGUACUCAGAUUUCAUCUCGCCCCUUUCUUCCUCAAUAUGAUAAUAGAUCCACCGUAAGGGAAUUAUAUCAACUGGCUCUAGCUACUGCUAAACAUUUUAUGAAUCAUUCUCUGUCUACAGACAGAGAAGAUUUGCUCCAUGGCUACACCCUCUACGCAUUUAACCUAAUGCCUGACAAAGAAUGCGGUCAUCGUGUCACUAAUCAGAACAGGUAACAUCAGAUUAGAAACACACUUCAGAUAGCCUCUCGGACCAUAACGAUUAUUGCUUAUGCUAUUUAUGAUGCAGUCAUUGAGAUAUCUAACCAGAGACAAAUGCUUGCGGACUAUUAUUGAAAAAUGAAUUCAGUGCAGUUGACGGGGGUCAUGGAUAAAAUUUCAUGCAAAUGUUUUUGGAGUACUUCCGUGCGAUCAUCUCCCCAAAGAGCCGUUAAAGGACCUACCUUCAUUUUUUAUAGCCAAUACACACCCGUCGCAUAAACAUUGGAUCGCUAUUUACAUACGCAAUGAUGGUGUCUGUUGCUUUUUCGACAGUUUUGGUAACAGACCAGAUGCUAUUCGUUUUCCAUGAACUAUUCAAGACUUUCUAAAAAACAAUUCUACCCGUGUUUAAUACUCUAACAAACAGGUUCAAGAUUACUUAUCAGACACCUGCAGUCAGCAUUGUGUUUUUUCUGUAUCACAUAUCAAAAGGAUGUUAUCAUGAGAACAUGAUGAAAAUGUAUCAUGAUGAUUUAAUUCAAAAAGACAACAUGGUAUCUUUCUUUGUGAAAAAAUUGAAGCCUGUUCUCUGUAAUGGUAAAACAUUUAAAAGUAUUCAGUGUGCAGUCUGGACAGAUGU